GGGGCAGGGGAAAGGGCGCAAGCCCCACCUAGGGCGGAGGCCACAGCAGUGAGGGGCAGACAGAGCCAGGAGCCCGAGAAGGAAGCAGGAUGGCAGCAGGCGCAGCGGUCGGAGCCUGGGUGUUGGUCCUCAGUCUGUGGGGGACAGUGGUAGGCGGUCAAAACGUCACAGCCCGGAUUGGGAAGCCACUGGUGCUGAACUGUAAGGGUGCUCCCAAGAAACCUCCUCAGCAACUGGAAUGGAAACUGAACACAGGCCGGACAGAAGCUUGGAAGGUCCUGUCUCCCCAGGGAGGCCCCUGGGAUAGCGUGGCUCGGGUCCUCCCCAAUGGCUCUCUCCUCCUGCCGGCCAUCGGGAUCCAGGAUGAGGGGACUUUCCGGUGCCGGGCAAUGAGCCGGAAUGGAAAGGAGACCAAGUCCAACUACCAAGUCCAAGUCUACCAGAUUCCUGGGAAGCCAAAAAUUGUUGAUCCUGCCUCUGAACUCAUGGCUGGUGUCCCCAAUAAGGUAGGGACAUGUGUGUCUGAGGGGAGUUACCCUGCAGGGACUCUAAGCUGGCAUUUGGAUGGGAAAGCCCUAAUACCUGAUAGCAAAGGAGUGUCUGUGAAGGAAGAAACCAGGAGGCACCCUGAGACAGGGCUUUUCACACUUCAGUCGGAGCUGACGAUGACCCCAGCCCGGGGAGGAACGCCCCACCUCACCUUCUCCUGUAGCUUCUGCCCUGGCCUUCCCCGGCGCCGAGCCCUGCACACAGCCCCCAUCCAGCUCAAUGUCUGGGGUGAGCACAGAGCCCCAGAGCCUGUGCCUCUGGAGGUCCAGUUGGUGGUGGACCCGGAAGGUGGAGCAGUAGCUCCUGGUGGGACCGUGACCCUGACCUGUGAAGCCUCCGCCCAGCCUCCUCCUCAGAUCCACUGGAUCAAGGAUGGCACGCCCCUACCCCUGCACUCUAGCCCGGUGCUGCGCCUGCCUGAGGUAGGGCCUCAGGAUCAGGGGACCUACAGCUGUGUGGUCACCCAUCCCAGCCACGGGCCCCAGGAAAGCCGUGCUGUCAGCAUCAGCAUCAUUGAAACAGGCGAGGAGGGGCCAGCUGCAGGAUCUGUGGGCGGCUCAGGGCUAGGAACACUAGGCCUGGUCCUGGGGAUCCUAGGAGGCCUGGGGACAGCCACCCUGCUCAUUGGCAUCAUCAUGUGGCGAAGAUGGCGACGCAGGGGAGAGGAGAGGAAGGCCCCAGAGAACCGGGAGGAGGAGGAGGAAGAACGUGCAGAGCUGAACCAGUCGGAAGAGCCCGAGGCAGCCGAGAGCAGUGCAGGGGGGCCUUAAAGGGCCCACAGCCCCCCAUCCCUCCUAUCCCUCAGCUCCCUUUCCUUUCCCCACACCGCCUGGCCCCAAACCAGCUCCCCAUGUAUAACCUCUACCCACCCCGCCAAGCUUUCUUCCACAACCAGAGCCUCCCACAAACAGCGAUGAGUAAACACCUGACAUAUCCUGCCCGCUU